AUGUUGGUUUCGUUAUGGCUCGUACUGUUUGGUGGUUUUCUCGUCGUAUUCUACUGGAAGAAAAUCACUGAUUACAUCAAGCAGUAUAUGCGGAUACGAACACUGGUCAAUAAACUUUCUGGACCUCCAACAGUACCAAUUCUUGGGAAUGCUUACAACCUGAAAUGGGAUCCUGUAGAGAUCACAUAUCAAAUGGAAUAUGUUUUCCGCAAAUAUGCCUUCAAUAGUGGCGACGGAGUUAAAAAUGAUCCGUUUGAGGUUCUGCUAGAGAGUCAUACUGAGGUUUAUAAGCCACCCGAAUAUUCGUUACUGACACCCAUCUGGGGAGACGGCUUGAUUACAAGUUCUGGGUCGAAAUGGCACGAACGACGGAGAAUGAUUACACCAGCCUUUCAUUUUUCGAUUCUUCUCAGCUAUCUGCACGUUUUCAACCGUCAAGCCGAAAUUAUGGUGAACCUGUUGGAAAGCAAAGCGAGUCGAGGUGAGACCAUCGACUUCCUUCCAGUUUUGCGUCGCUUCUCGAUGGACACCAUUUCCGGUUAAACCGCAAUGGGAGUUUCGGUGAAUGCACAGAAGGGCGAGAACNAAGACUUCUAUAUGGCCAUAACAGAUAUAUUCGCAUUGAUUUUCAAAAGUUUACGCUAUCCGUGGCUUUGGUUGAAGCCAAUAUGGUAUGGUCUCGGUUAUGGUUUUAAAUUCGAUAGGCAUGUGAGCACCGUUAGGAAACUAGUCUCAAAGGUGAUUGCCGAACGAGCACUGGAAUUCGAAAAUCUCGAUGAGAAACCAACAUUCGAAGAGUUGACGGCUGGCCGCAAGAGGAAACUUACAUUUCUAGACAUGUUGCUUAGUUUGCGAAAGGAGCAUAAAUUAAGCAAGGCCGAUAUUAUGGAAGAAGUUGGGACUUUUAUGGUUGCAGGUUAUGAUACCGUUUCGAGUAGCAUUGGUUUCGUUUUAUUUACACUCGGCCAUCGACAACACAUUCAAGAUAAGGUUUAUGUGGAACUCCGACAAAUCUUCGGUGACUCGGAUCGUGCAGUCACUGCAGACGAUAUCAAGCAAAUGAAAUACUUGGAGCAGUGUAUGAAGGAAACAAUUCGCAUGUAUCCGACAGUGUGUUUGAUAGGACGACGACUGACAGAAGAUUUGAUCAUAAAUAGAUUUUUGCCCGAGAAUUCCCAUGGAAGGGACCCGUUCGCGUAUUUACCGUUUUCUGCUGGACCGCGAAAUUGCAUCGGCCAAAAAUUCGCAAUAAUGGAGGAAAAAGUCGCGUUGGCGCACAUUCUUCGUAAAUAUCGAGUCAUUUCCAUGAUUACCGACGAGGAGAAUCGAGGCUUACCCGAAGUAUCACUCAGACCCAGUAGAGGCUUUCCGAUUCGCUUAGAACGGAGAGUGUAG